GAACCGGCGACUUCCCGUCCUCUAAUCGACGAAAAUGCGGACCUCGCCACCACUUUUCGACCUCCACCUACCUGGCUACUAAACCUCAAUCCUAAUUCCCAACUAAACUCGACGAUGAUGUCCGACGACCCCUUGGCUCGCCACCGCGCAUUCAUCUCUGCCUCCAUGAGCGCUCCAUCCUUCCCCACCUUCACCAGCCCUUCCUCCUCCGCCUCCUCCCGCAGUGCCUCCCCCAGUCCUAACCCUAAUCCCUUCGUCCGCCCUUCUCCCUCCGCCUCCUCCUCCUCUCCUUCCCCCUCCCCCUCUCCCUCCUCUUCCGCUUCCAAGAGCCGCCUCAUCUCUUCCUCCGCCUUCUCCCAUAACCCUCGUCUCGCUCUCGCCCUCGUCCCCGCCGCUGCCUUUCUCCUCGACCUCGGUGGUGCUCCCGUCCUGACCGUCCUCUCUGUUGGCCUCAUCCUUGCCUACCUCCUCGACUCGCUCCGCCUCAGAACCGCUGCCUUUUUUGCGGUCUGGACCUCCCUCAUCGCCUCCCAGCUUGCCUUCUUCUUCUCUGCCUCGAUCUACUAUGCCCCUCUCCUCUCUGGCCUCGCGCUCCUCCUCUGUGCCGAUACAACAUUCCUGAUCGGAGUCUGGGCUUCGCUCCAGUUCCGAUGGAUACACAUCGAGAACCCUUCCAUCCUUCCCGCUUUGGAGCGCCUCUUGUUUGCCUGCAUCCCCGUCGUCAUGCCUCCGCUUUUUACCUGGGCCACUGUCUCGGCAGUCGGCAUGGUUAACGCCGCUUACUACCUGAUGGCAUUUGCUUGCCUUUUCUACUGGCUCUUCGCUCUCCCCCGCCCAUCCUCCUUUAAGUCCCAGAAGCAUGACGCUGGAGAAUCUCAGAUACUUGGUCCGCUGGAGGGAUGCUUUCACACCUUGUAUCUUCUCUUUGUGCCGCUUCUGUUCCACAUUGGUUCUCACCAUGCGGCUAUCUUCUCCUCCUCUGCAUCCGUAUGUGAUCUCCUGCUGCUCUUCUUUAUUCCGUUUUUGUUCCAGCUUUAUGCAUCUAUGUGGGGGGCACUGUGGUGGGUUACAAGGGAUGCACACCAGAUGCAUCGGAUUCGGGUGGUCAAUGGAGCGGUGGCAAUGUUAGUCGUUGUCCUCUGCCUCGAGGUCAGAGUUGUAUUUCAUUCCUUUGGAAGAUACUUGCAUGCUCCUCCACCCUUUAACUACCUACUCGUCACUGUUACAAUGCUCGGAGGUGCAUCCGUCGUAGGGGCUUAUGUAAUUGGUAUGGUUGGUGAUGCUUUCAGCUCAGCAGCUUUUACUGUUUCGUUGGUUCUGGUUAGUGCAGCUGGCGCAGUAGUUAUUGGGUUCCCUAUCCUGUUUCUCCCUGUCCCUAUGAUCUCUGGCUUCUAUAUUGCACGUUUCUUUACAAAGAAAAGCUUGUCAUCCUACUUUGCCUUUGUGGCAUUAGCGAGCAUGAUGGUUCUGUGGUUUGUUGUACACAACUACUGGGAUCUCAAUAUAUGGAUGGCUGGUAUGCCUUUGAAAACCUUCUGCAAGUUGAUAGUCGCAAGCAUCAUCAUGGCAAUGACCAUUCCUGGUUUGGCAUUGCUACCUAUGAAGUUGCAAUUUCUUACUGAGGUUGGCUUGAUUGGCCAUGCAUUGCUAUUGUGCUACAUAGAGGACCGUUUCUUCAACUAUACUGUUAUCUAUUACUUUGGAUUUGAUGAAGAUGUUAUGUAUCCUAGUUACAUGGUCUUGACAACCACCUUCUUGGGAUUGACUUUGGCGAGGAGAUUGGCAAUAGAUCACCGGAUUGGCCCAAAAGCAAUUUGGAUCUUAACCUGUCUGUAUUUAUCAAAGCUUGCUAUGCUUUUUAUUACAUCAAAAUCAAUUUUGUGGAUGACAGCUGUUUUGCUGUUGGCUAUUUCCCCUCCAUUGCUUCUUUACAAGGAUAAGUCAAAAGGAGCUUCAAGAAUGAAGGCCUGGCAAGGCUAUGUUCAUGCUGCCGUGAUUGCUUUCUCUACUUGGUUGUGUCGUGAAACAAUCUUUGAAGCUCUUCAAUGGUGGAAUGGAAGGCCUCCAUCUGAUGGUUUGCUUGUGGGAUCACUCAUUCUUGUGGCUGGGGUUGCUUGCAUCCCAAUAGUUGCCCUCCACUUCUCUCAUGUUCAGCUGGCUAAGAGAUUCCUUGUCUUGGUAGUGUCGAUGGGUUUGCUUUUUGUUCUAAUGCAGCCACCAAUUCCACUAUCAUUGACAUUCCACUCAGACUUGAUUAAAGCAGCCCAUGAGUCUAAUGAUGAUAUCUCAAUUUAUGGAUUUUUUGCUAGUCGAUCUACAUGGCCAUCAUGGCUACUUAUAACAACUAUCUUGCUUACUCUAGCAGCAAUCACGUCCAUUAUACCAAUUAAGUAUAUUGUUGAAUUGAGGACUUUUUAUGCUGUUGGAGUUGGGACAACAUUGGGCAUCUAUAUCUGUGCUGAAUACUUCUUCGAAGCUGUAAUUCUAUAUCCCCUCCUUGUUGCUGCUAUUGUUUGUGCUUCUGUCCUGGUAGUUUUCACACACUUCCCAUCUGCUUCAAGCACGAGGCUUCUGCCAUGGGUAUUUGCUUUAUUGGUAGCUCUCUUUCCAGUUACUUAUUUAUUGGAAGGGCAGCUUAGGGCCAAGAGUAGUAUUGAAGAAGGGGAAGAAUCAGAGAGGUUCAACUCUCUCCUUACUGUCGAAGGAGCAAGAGUGUCACUUAUGGGUCUCUACGCAAUGAUAUUCAUGCUUAUAGCUUUAGAAAUCAAGUUUGAGUUGUCAUCUUUACUGCGUGAGAAGGCUCUUGGCAGAGGUGUGCCACCAAGUCAAUCCGAUCGCAACUAUGCCCUGCCACCAAAAACACGACUCAUUCACCAGAGGAGGGCAUCUGCUGCACCAUCCCUCACAAUCAAGAGGUUGACAACUGAGGCUGUUUGGAUGCCUGCAGUAGGCAAUGUUGCUACCAUAAUGUGUUUCAUCCUCUGCCUGAUACUCAACAUCCAUCUCACUGGUGGUGCAAGCCGAGCGAUAUUUUUCUUAGCGCCAAUCCUUCUGCUUCUCAAUCAGGAUUCUGAUAUAUUUGCUGGUUUUGGUGACAGGCAAAGAUACUUUCCUGUGACAGUGGUUAUAUCUGGAUACUUGGUAUUGACUGCUUUCUACAGGAUUUGGGAGGAAACUUGGCGAGGGAGCAUGGGAUGGGGACUUGAAAUUGGAGGAAUAAGUUGGCUUUUUGCAGUAAAAAAUUCUGCCCUUCUUAUGCUCACCUUACCCAACCAUAUUCUCUUCAACCGCUUUAUGUGGGACUAUGUAAAGCAGACUGACCAAGUUUUGUUGUUUACAUUGCCAUUAAAUUUGCCGUCCAUCGUGAUAACAGACAUACAAACUGUGAGAGUUUUAGGAUUAUUAGGAGUUAUUUGUUCUUUAAGUCAAUUCUUGAUAUCUAGGCGGACAAGAAUUGCAGGAAUGAAAUACAUAUGAUGCUGCUACAGCUGCAGAAAGUGAGGAAUGUAUUCCUGAAGUUAUUAAGAAGCGCCAUCAUGUGGUGGGAUUUAAUGCCAUUGCGGUGACUCUACAAAACUGCCAUGUGCGAGAGAUGUUCCGUGUUCUGUUAAUUUGAAGUUCGAACUUGUGCACAGUUGAGAUCUGGUUCGACAUUGCUUCUUGAGGACAGUGAAUGACUGUUCACUUGAAAUUUUUAACUUUUAAGAGGUUUCCUCCCCUUUUAUCAAAGCAGCAUGUUUCAAUCUAAA